UGGAACAAUUCAAGGAAAUAUAUCUUCUUCAUUCAUUUUUCAAUUGACUCCCCCUGUCACGCAAGAUGGCAACGAAGAAGUCCGUCCUAUCGACAAGCAAUGGCGCCCCACUGCCAAACCAUGGGCUCACGGCAUCGCAAACUGCGGGUCCGCAUGGACCCAUCGUCCUCCAAGACUUUGCCUUGCUCGACCACCUUGCCCACUUUGAUCGCGAACGAAUUCCCGAGCGCGUGGUGCACGCCAAGGGGGCUGGUGCGUUCGGGUACUUUGAAACGACGCACGACAUUUCGUCGGUGACAAGCGCAGCGCUGUUCUCUGCCGUGGGGAAGCGAACCCCCAUCGCCGUUCGGUUCUCGACCGUUGGAGGGGAGCAAGGGAGUGCCGACACCGUUCGCGAUCCCCGUGGGUUCGCCAUCAAGUUUUACACGGAGGAGGGAAACUGGGACUUGGUGGGCAACAACACGCCGAUCUUUUUCAUUCGCGACCCGAUUCUGUUCCCGAGCUUCAUCCACACGCAGAAGCGGCAUCCAUCGACGCACCUCAAGGACGCCAACAUGAUGUGGGACUUCAUCUCGUUGCGGCCGGAGACCACGCACCAAGUGUCGUUCUUGUUCUCGGACCGCGGCAUCCCUGACGGCCAUCGCCACAUGAACGGCUACGGCAGCCACACGUUUGAAAACGUGAACAAGGACGGCGUUGUUAGCUACGUGAAGUACCACUUCAAGACGGACCAAGGCAUCCGCAACCUACCGGUGGACGUAGCGGACAAGCUGGCGGGAACCAACCCCGACUACGCCAUCCAAGACCUGUACGAAGCCAUCGGCCGCAAGGAGUACCCUACGUGGACCUUGUACGUGCAGGUCUUGACGGUGGCCCAAGCCACUGCGCACCUCGAAGCGGGAUUCAACCCGUUCGACGUGACGAAAGUGUGGCCCCAUGACGCGUCUCCGUUGCGCGAGGUGGGCAAACUGGUGCUCAAUCGCAACCCGCCCAACUACUUCAGCGACGUCGAGCAGCUCGCGUUCUCCCCCGCCCACUUUGUUCCGGGCAUCCAGGCAUCCCCGGACAAGAUGCUCCAGGGGCGGCUGUUCUCGUACUCGGACACGCACCGCCACCGGUUGGGCCCCAACUACCAGCAGAUCCCGGUGAACCAAUCCGUGCAACGCCCGCCGCGAAACUACCAACGCGACGGGUUCAUGACUGUCAACGGCAACCAAGGCAGCGCCCCCAACUACUUCCCCAACAGCGACCCCACGUCGCCCCAGUACUUGGACACUCGUGACCCGGUGCCUCAAUCUGGUGCUGCGUUGUUGGCGGCUGUCGCUCGCUACAGCACGAAAGACGACGACAACUUUUCGCAAGCGGGGCAGUUCUAUCGACAGGUACGGAAUGAAGAUGGCGUUGUUGUUGCUUGAGGCGGAGUCUCAUGCUGCAUGUAGGUGUUGAAUGACGACGAGCGGGCUCGCUUGGUUGACAACAUCGCGGGGAGUUUGGUGCAUGCCAGCGACGCCGUUCAAGCCCGAACGGUGGCGAAUUUCACGGCCGCGGACAGCCAGUAUGGACAGCGUGUGGCUCAAAAAGUGGCCGAGUUGCGUGCGAAGGCCCAACCCGAAGGAGCCAAGCCUGCCGCAGCCAAGUUGAACCCCCCGCGGGCUGCCGGAUUCAAACCUGUAGACCCCACCGAGGAUGCGUUGCCACUCUUGUAAACAGUGGCAGCAGUGCAUACCAUGUGUCGCGUGCGUAGCUGGGCUCCUCUCGAUAAGACCUUUCACUUGUGUGUACUAUUAAUAGUAUAAUUUGUGGUGUACAGUAGUACUACAGUAUUAAUAGCACCAACUUUUCACAAA